GUUAGUGGUACGGUCUGAGAGUGCGUUCGGCAAAGCGUUCCGGCGGGGAGAAGCACUACUGCAGGCUUGGGCCGGGCCGGUGAGAAAAGCGGCGGGAGGAGGCAUGGCGCUGCCGGGUGGAAAUAAGGAUAACAUCAGAGCAGGAUGCAAGAAGUGUGGCUACCCUGGUCAUCUGACAUUUGAGUGUCGAAAUUUCCUCCGAGUAGAUCCUCAAAGAGAUAUUGUUUUGGAUGUUAGCAGCACUAGCAGUGAAGACAGUGAGGAGGAAGAACUACAGAGAUUGCAAGCCAUGCGUGAAAAGAAGAGUUUAAACGAGGAGGAAGAAAAAAAGAAACAGAAGAGAAAAAGUAAAGAAAAACCAAAAUUAAAGAGAUCAAGGAAAAGAUCAUCCUCAUCAAGUGAAACUGAAGAGGAUGGGCCAAAGUCAAAAAAGCAAAAGUCACACAAAAAAGAAAGGGAAAAAGAAAAAAAGAACAAAACUAAGAAAGGAAAGCAUCACAAAAAGGAAAAAAAGAAGAGACGAAAGGAAAAAAGCUCAUCUUCUGAUAGUUCAGAUAGUUCUAGUAGUGACUGAGGUGUUGGCCUAUGUUUGUGUUUACUUCUGCAGGGAAGACAAUUCUCCUUUCAAAUCAAAUUUAUUUAUGCUUUGAAAAUGCUGUAUUAAAAUGAGAUGUAUAUGUAUUUUUAAGAAAUCUAUUUGCAAAUAUCAGUGUUUAAAAUUUAUUAAAUGGACCAUUUAAUAAAAUGUAGGGAGAAAAACCUGCUCUUAAUUCUAUUGUGGUUAGUGGUUUGAAAUCUUUUACACCAGGAUAUGGUGAACUUUAGAAGAGUUUGUGUGGAAAGAUUUGGAUUUAAAUAUGCUCAAUAUCAAAAUGGUUAAAUCAGAUUUGGAAAUUAUAUUACUCAGUAAGUGCAAAUAUGAAAUAGUGUUUGAGCCCAGAAAAGGGAACAAGUGGGCACUGAGAAGCUAAAGAGAUUGCUCCUUCAAAAUUAUUUUCUAAAGUUGAUCUAGUCAUAGACUCUGAAGCACAAUUACACGUUCUUUAGCAGGACCACUGUAAGCAAGCUGAAAACAAACCAAAGGAAAGAAGAAGUAUUAAUGUUCCAAAGUCUUUUCUUUCUGCCUAGGUUUUGUUAUUUUAAAGUUGCACCCAUUUCUUCUUUGACAUAAAGUGCCGCUUCCUAACACUAGGUCCUUGUCCAGUAAGAUAGCUUACAAAAUUCUAAAAAACAUGUUCAUACAGUGUGUGAUGGUUAAUAUCUACCUGAACUGAAACAGGAAAUGAGAAGAUUGGCAAUUGACAAUAAUCAAGGAGCUUCUAUUUCGUUCUAAUUCAGCUCCCACUGAAAAGUUUUUAAAAACCUCAUAGACCUUUUUUGACUAUAAGCAAUCUAUCCUGUUAAGGUCAGUAGCAAAAUUUACCAUUUACUAUUGGGAGCAGUGUUAAGCACAUCAAAGUUUUACAUCUGAAUUCUAGACUAUCCAGUUAAUACCUUGUAGUAUGGUAGAUUGUAGGUUUGAGACAGACUGAUAAUUUCAAGCAGAUUUUCAAUGUGUAAUGGUUCCUGUGUUUGGCCGAGAAGUGAGAUGGGGCUUUGAGCAACCUCAUCUAGUAAGAGGUGUCUCUGCUCAUGGUUGGGGGGCUUGAAACUGGCUGAUAUUUGUUGUGUCUCCCAACCCAAAUCAUUCUGUGAUUCUACCUAGAUCUAAUUCUGUCUUUCAAAUUUUAAUAUCUUGGACUGGUACUGUUAUUGGACAGCUCAUGCUGUAGAUUCCUUAGUAGGGAAUGUUAAAAUACUCAGGAAGCCACAGAGCAGAGAAGUGAUCUGUAACCUUCUGUGUAGGUCUUGCAGUAGAGCAUUAAACCGUCCUUGCAUAUGCUCUUUGUGCUGCUAAUCUCAUUUUCAUGUCAUAUGUAAUUUCUGGGAUGGGCUUGGAUCAUGUGGUCUCUAGUUAGCUGGUACCUGUGCAUGGUAUAAAGAACAUUUCUUUCAUGAAUACUAAUUUAACAUGUUCUAUCUCCUUAGUGUUGCUGUGGCUGUUGGAGAUUAUUUUUGACUGAGUGAAUUCUCUGAAACAGUCAUUAUGUGGAGAGCGACAGGGCAAUUGUGGGGUACUUAAGGCAGUGCUGUUGACAAAGGAAAUACUUAAAUAAGACAGUUUAAGAUACAACUGGCUGUAAUUUCUUCCCUUCCCAUGGCUUCCCAAGAGUGGGGAAAAAAAGGAAAGUUACUUACUUGAUGAGAUUGGAAGGGUUAUUGGAAUUGAGGUUACUCCUAUGUACUUUUCUUAUAAUCUGCCCCAUCCUGUGAUGAUCCCAUGAUGCUAGCACUGGGGAAUGGGAGUUUGUACCUUAGUUGUUUCUUGAUUUCUGAAGCUUCACCUGAAGACAAGAAGCUGAAGAGAGAUUUUGUCCAAGCUUUUCUAUACUAGAAUGACCGAAGAGUUUAUUGAGCAAGUUAGUAUAUUUCUAUGCAAAAGUGUAAUUUAGAUGUCAAACUAUAUUUAAUGAUAAAGAAUGGACAGAUUCUUAAGUAUCAGAAGAGCAACUGUUAUAUUUUAGUAGUGUUCCUUAUACUUUUGCAUAGUCAUUUUUGAUUCUAGUUUUAACUGGCGAAAUUCAAAUGAUUACCUGUCUAAAUGAUAGUGUAGUUACCUUGCAUGCAGCAUUGCAGCAGCUAUCUAUGGUAGUUAUAAUGGUAUUUUUCAGUGUUCAUGCUUUGCCACUUUUUACUAGCAUACAUAGAUACUCAUAUUGCAAAAAGGCUUUUCUAAUUUGAAAAAUUUAAAUGUCAUUAGUUUCUCAAUUCAUGUAUUUCUGUAACUAUGAGAAUAUCACGCAUCAGCUUAUUUUUCAGGAUAUCUUGCUGUUUUAUUUACAAGCAUACACUGAAGUAAAUGGAUUUUGACACAAGUGUUCAAGAUUCCAGGAGAUGCUGCAAUCAACAGUUCUCUGCCAAGUUAAUAUUUAAUAAUCUUUAAAAGUGAUGUACAAAUAAAUAUUCUUAUAUUUUUCUUCUGGCA